AUGGUGGAACCAAGGAAAAUCUUGGCCACAUACGAUCCAAACUUUACAGUUUGGAAGUAUGAUGUGUAUGUCUAUGAAAUGGUGAGAGACUACGAAACUGGGGAUUUUCGUGAUUUGAUCAAGCGAGAAGACAGGUAGAGUUCUUUAUUACUUUUGGUUUCAUUUUGAAGGUGAUUCUGAGAUUUGUUUGGGAACGUUUCUGAAAAAAAAUGACAAAAAACACGUUAAACUAGCAGGUUUUUAUCAAUAUUUGGUGAAUUUUGAUCGAUUUUUUAAUAAAAAAGAGAUUUUCAAGCUUAGUAUAAUAUGGGGAUAACAUGGCUUGUAAAAGCAUGUUGCCGGUACCUCUAACGUUACUUAAUCACGAUGAUAUUAUUAUGUUUUCCAAAAAGAAUGGCUCAUUUUGGCGGACAAAUCAAGGUUAAAAUAGGCCAUUCUUUUUGCAACAACCUAAUACAUCCAGGACGGUUAGAGUCCGAGCUAGAGACCUCUUUUCUAUUUUCAAGGAGCCAUACCGUCACGAUGACACGGUUUUUUCAGCGAUAUUGUUUUAGGUCAUGGAGAUCGGAGAAUAUCCUUUCAUGUGGCGAGGUAAUGGCUGCGUACAUGAAGAAUUUUUUCCCCCCUGUGUCAUACUGUUACGACAAUAAACGAAUGUUGUACACCAACGAACCCUUGGACCAUAUGGAACUAAAGGUCAUUUCUCUGCCAUUCGGCGACGGGACCACCCGAGAUUAUGGAAUAGAGCUUGGACAUCCAGUCGCUAAACUGUUGGGGGAAAUAAACAGAAGGGAUCUUGUUGCAUAUUUAGAAAUUUGCAACCUUCAACCCUUCAAGGACUUCAUGGGUUUUGAACCAUUCCAAGCAAAAUGGUUAUUUUCCCCUUCUUGCGAAGGUUGGGCCGAUUCUAACAAUAGCGGCAUCAACAUGACAAGAGGUCUCAAGAUGCGCGUGGAAUUGUUGGAAGACUGUGAAGAUUCUGAAUCUGUAUUCAUGAUCGUGGUAAAGGACAGUGAGUUUUUUUUUUAAAUUUUAAGCCGAUUUUUGGCUUUAAAAUUUGUUUUUCGACUAGUCGAAACUUGUUUUUUAAUGUUUUUGAUCCUGUAAAUCACGGAUUACGUGUCUUCAGUAAAGCUUGAACCCUUUUGGGACGAGUCACUCACAUUAGACAAACUUCUGUAUCGAAGAUCUAAUGUGGAGGCUAUAGAAUGAGAAAAGAAAAAAUUACUCUGAAAGCCUUGAAUGGCGUCGCCAUAUCUGUCCUCUACGACAGUAAGCAACGUAUUAAGUUUCAGCGCCUCAGCGAUGCGCCUAUUGGGCGUUUACUGUAAGUUCAGUGUUUUCUGGUUUUAGGUUUUUGAGAUGCGUUUUUAUUACAUUAUGUGGUUAUGAAUAUUCAUCGUUUUCUAGGGCGCCUACCAAUGUGCCACAGAGCCUGGUGGCAUUUUUAAAUGACAAACAUCCGCGCACGAUUGGUUGCAUAAACCAGAACUAUGCACUAACCACGGAAAAUAAUCAAUAUUAUCCGAUGGAAUGGUGUUGCCCAGCCAGGGGACAAAUGGUCCCCGAAUGUAUCCGCAAUUCUAUCACGGAUUGGCGGGAUGUGAGUUCAAUGUUAAGCUUUAUUUAGAUAAUCCGGAAAAAGUUUUUUAUAUCACAGGAGUCAUCAGCGUGACGAUAUGAAAGUCGUCAGCGUGACGAUAUGAAAGUCAUCAGCAUGACGAUUCAUGUUUAUAAAAGGGUGUAUUUAGAAGUUUGAUUUUUAGUAUCACAACUUUGAAAAAGCCGACCAACAGGCUGAAAUUAAUGGAGCAGCGAACUUCAUUUGGGCACAGAAGGAAUCUUACGAACAUAUGGGGAUUACCCUGUUCCCGCACGGCUCAAGUCGACCUUCCAGUUCAAAUUCUGAAAGAUUGCGCUAUAGCAGUGGACUGUAAGAUUUGAAGAGCGUAUUUUUAUAGCGUUAAAUGUAUUAGAUACUAUUCUACUGAGUAUUCAGUAAAACAAAACGCUCAUUAAGGGCGUUAAAAACUUUCUGGAAAGAUUCUCUACGAGACGUCCUCGCAAAACGUUGACGUUCUGUGACAAAAAUCAGGCAACUUUGCAAAAAACCUGGUCAGAUCGGUCCCUAAUGGGGAAAUUCCAUUGGAAACCGACCCGGCACGUUUUUUGAGAAAAAUAAUUUUUAUUGAAAUCCUGUGGCGAAGUCUCGAUUUCGACUUUUUUAACCUCAAGCUUGGGUUUAUUAACCGAAGUUUGAGUUUUAUUUUCUACCAUUAGCGAUUUACGAAAUUGCCUGAUUUUUGACACAGAAUGUCAAAAUUUUUCGAGCACGUUUUGUGGUUUUUUGAAGAAAAUAUUUUCAGAGCGUUUUUAACGUUCUUAUUGAGCGUUUUUUUUUCACUGGAUACUCAGUAGAAUAGUAUCUAACACAUUUUUAUUAUAUACGUUUUACAGAAUGUGGUUUUUGAAUCUUAAUGCUAUUUUUCAGAUCCUCGUCCACUUCUUUUUAA